AUGCUUUUUGAUUUUAAACUCGUAGAAACCACGCAUUCCAAGAUACUUACUUUUGAAACAAUAAAUCCUCAUAUUAAGAAGGUUGAAUAUGCCGUUCGAGGUGAAUUAGCAAUCCGUGCCGAAGAAAUUAAGGAAGAGAUUGCCAAAAAUGGUCCUGGUAAGUUCGGAUUUGAAACUGUUGUGAAUUGCAAUAUUGGCAAUCCACAGCAGCUUUUUCAGCGAUCGAUUACCUUCUUCCGUCAGGUCGCCUGUUUGACGGAAUACCCCGAUCUUUUAUUACCGGAAAAUCGCAAUAAUGUAAACACGCUCUUUCCUUUGGAUGCCAUCGAGCGCGCCCAACUGUUGCUAAAACAAAUUGGAAGUGUCGGUGCGUACUCUCAUUCACAGGGUAUCCCUUACAUAAGAAGAAACGUCGCAAAAUUCAUAGAAGAACGUGAUGGAUACCCAUCAAAUCCGGAUAACAUUUUUCUUACACAAGGAGCCUCAGUGGGUGUGCAAAGUGUACUACAACUUAUUAUCGCACAUUCCAAUGUUGGCAUUAUGAUACCUAUUCCACAAUACCCUCUUUAUAGCGCUACAUUAUCGCUUUUUGAUGCUAAACCAGUGCCUUAUUACUUAGAUGAAGAUGAAAAUUGGAGUUUGGAUAUUACUCAGUUGACUUCAUCCCUUGCUACUGCACGUGACAAAGGAUUGGAUGUUCGUGCGCUAGUUAUCAUUAAUCCUGGUAACCCAACUGGUCAAUGUUUAACAGAGCAAAAUAUGCGCGAAAUCAUUGAUUUUUGUCAUCAACAACACCUCGUUCUUCUUGCUGAUGAAGUGUAUCAAACCAAUAUAUAUCAACCCGCUGAACGUCCUUUCCAUUCCUUUAAAAAGGGUAUGAUAGGUGAAUGUGGACGAAGAGGGGGUUACUAUGAAUGCACUGGUAUCGACAAACAAGUUAUCGAUCAACUUUAUAAGAUCGCAUCAAUUGGCCUUUGCCCGAAUGUUUCAGGACAAAUUAUGGUUGAUUUGAUGGUACGUCCACCUAAACGCGGUGAUAAAAGUCACCCAUUAUAUCAAAAAGAAAUAAAUAGAAUAUACGAGAGCUUACGAAGGCGAAGUCUUAAGUUAAGUAGCGUUUUCAAUAGUAUGGAAGGUGUUUCAUGUAAGGAUGCCCAGGGAUCCAUGUAUUUGUUCCCAAGAAUUAACCUUCCACCAAAAGCAAUCAAAGUUGCUAGAGAGGUCGGAAAACAACCCGAUGAGUUUUAUUGUUUAGCAAUGCUUAACGCUACAGGCGUGUGUGUUGUGCCAGGUAGUGGGUUUCAUCAAGAAGAUGGUACAUGGCAUUUUCGUAGUACGUUCUUACCACCCGAAGAAUUAUUCGAUGGGUUUUGUCAAAGAUUGGAAAAGUUUCAUAAAGAAUUUCUAGCAAAAUAUAGAGAUUGA